GUGCUUAGCACAUGAUUUGAAUUUAAUGAAAGUUUGUGUUAUUUAUUAAUUGGACAUGGCUGAACAACACAAGUUGAUAUACCCUGUGAAACAUUUUCGCGAUUUUGUCGAAAACGACAUUCGUUUAGAUGGUCGCACAUUCGAUAAAUAUCGUCCAAUCGGUGUGAAUAUUGAUUCAUUCCAACAUUCAUUGGGUUCAAGUGCAACAAAAAUUGGAAAUUCAAAUAUUUUAUGUGGCAUACGAGCAGAGUUGUCUAAGCCGCGUCCUGCCACGCCACUUUCCGGCUACAUUGUACCUAAUGUGGAUAUGUCAUUCACAUCGUUUUCGAAGGCUACAGCAACUGGUAACAAUCAAAAUGUUGCCGAAAUAUUGGAAUGCUUUAUAUAUAGAAUUCUGAAUGAGUCGCACUGUUUGAAAUUAGAAGAUUUGUGCAUACAUCCGGGAAAGCUGGUCUGGUGUCUUUAUAUAGAUUUAAUUGGCUUGGAAGUAGAUGGUGGCGUAUUUGAUGCUUCAAUUCUAGCUUGUGCCUCAGCGCUUAGCACUCUAAAAUUGCCCAAAGUUAUAUAUGAUGAAAAAAGUGGUAAAAUAGAGAUAGGCGAUGAAAUGAAGGAGUUGCAUUUAGAUAUUUUUCCCGUCGUCAGCACCUACAGUAUCUUUGACAAUGUUGUGCUGGUUGAUCCCACUCAUCGGGAAGAGAGUUUAUCAAGCGCAGUAUUCAAUUUGGGGGUGCAUGAAGACACAGUUGGAUUGUUCCAUAAAAGUGGGGGAGUACCCAUUUCGGUAAAAGAAAUACAACAUUCCGUAAAAAAUGCUGUAAAACGAGAACAAGAGAUCACAAGCCUGUUAAAAAGUUUAAAAAGUAAUAAAGAAUAAACAAUUUGUAGUAUCUUA